CAUUUCUUCUUUUUCUUUUCCCUUCACUUUCUUCCUUCAUAAAAAUUGUGGAGGAACGAUGAAAACGAGGUUGUGUUUGACGACGUUGUUGUUCCUCGUUAGUGUGAGUGUGCAAGUGGCAAUGGGAGAUGCAGAUCAUGACCACACUCUAAAAGCCACGUCACACGAGCAGAUCCAGUGCACGAUGUGCUCCUCUUGUGACAACCCUUGCAACCAAGUUCCCUCGCCACCACCACCCUCUCCCUCGCCACCACCUCCAUCUCCGUCGCUCCCACCUCCUUCCACCAACAAUUGCCCCCCACCUCCUAGCUCCGGCGGCGGCGGUGGAGGUGGAGGUUCAUACUAUUACUCCCCGCCUCCACCCUCUCAGAGUACCUACUACUCGCCACCCCCUCCGGCAUCUGGCGGAGGUGGCGGCGGAGGAGGCGGAGUCUACUACUACCCUCCUCCGAGCAGCGGAAACUACCCGAGGCCGCCGCCGCCGAACCCUAUUGUGCCGUAUUUUCCGUUUUACUACUACAGCCCUCCGCCGCCGUCCACCGCGGCUCCGUCGGCGUUGACGGCGUCGAGGUUUCUCUAUGUAGAAAUGCAAAGAAAGGUAAAAAUGGUGGUAAUAAUGGCGCAGAUUUGCAGAUCUUGAAAUUAUGAGGAAAAUGAGAGUGAGUUUGUAAGUUGGAAGUGGAAGCACUCGUGAAUUUCCCAAUUUGCCCCCUGCGCAUGGGAACCUCGACAUGUGAAAUACCACGCACGCACAUA